AUUCAGUUUCCGGGUUGCCGGUCUGAGGCACUGCUCCCGCCGCCGCCACCGCCGCCGCCGCCGCCGCCGGGGCUGCCAAGGUUUGCCAUCGCCAGCCUCGCCGCUCCUCUUGCCCGAGCCUGCUGUAGAGCGCGGCUCGUCAAAGUGGUCGGCCUUGGCGGGAGCGGAACGUGAAGGCCGGGCGGGCUGGCGGGCGGCGGCUUGAGGAUGAGGCGGACUUGAGCGUGAGGCGGCGGCAGGAGCCCCCUCCCCCAGCCCCCCGAGAGGCGCAGCGGCGGCCCGGAGACAUGGGGGGCGCCCGCCCUGCCUAAGGCCCCGAGCUGCGCCCCGGGCCCCCUCCUCACCCCGUGACCCAGUCCGGGACGAGGAGCGGGGGAGGGGAGGGAGGUCUGGCCCCGGAGCCCCUGCCUCCAAAGAGACAGGACAAAUCCCCGGUGCGGAGCCCACCGAGACCCCCGGGUCCUGCCCAGCCAGCCUCGGGAGAGAUCCCAGAGCAUGGGAGUCAAGAAACAGGAGAGCUCUGUACCUGUCAAUGAAAACAAAGUUAAUAUGUGAUCAUUAAGAAGAGUGAUAGUGGUGGACAGGAGCAGCAAAGCCUGUUUAUCAUUUGUAGAAAACUGCCUGGAGAGCUCUGUAGCCACCAACACGUUCUUCUCAGGGCCAGUUUCCAAUGAGAAGUUUGUGAUCAACAUUGAAAAUAACAUGCAUCUCAGAUAACUUUGGAAUUUACCGGACAAAUCAAGCAUCUAGAAAGUAUUGGGUGUUAUAAUAAUUCCUCUGAUGUGUGAAUCUGUUUAAGGUUUACAACAACUUACCUGACAGUAAUCAACUUAGAAUGUGAAGCAUGUUGCAAAAGUACUCAAGAAGUGGCUGAAGGGGAAAGGGACAAGGUGCCACUAGCUACCAAGGUAACAUCAUGGGAAAUACAACCACCAAAUUCCGCAAAGCGCUUAUCAAUGGAGAUGAAAACUUGGCCUACCAAAUAUAUGAGAGCAACCCUCAGCUAAAAGAAUCCCUAGAUCCAAAUUCGUCUUAUGGGGAGCCUUACCAGCACAAUACUCCAUUGCACUAUGCUGCUAGACAUGGAAUGAACCGGAUAUUAGGGACCUUUCUUUUUGUUAGAGAUGGAAAUCCAAAUAAGCGGAAUGUGCACAAUGAAACAUCUAUGCACCUGUUAUGUAUGGGGCCUCAAAUUAUGAUCUCUGAGGGAGCCCUUCAUCCUCGCUUGACACGUCCCUCUGAAGAUGAUUUCAGAAGAGCAGAUUGUCUCCGGAUGAUCUUAAAAUGGAAAGGAGCGAAGCUUGACCAAGGCGAAUAUGAAAGAGCAGCCAUUGAUGCUGUUGAUAACAAAAAAAACACACCUUUGCACUAUGCUGCUGCCUCAGGGAUGAAAACCUGUGUAGAGCUUUUAGUAAAACAUGGUGGAAACUUGUUUGCUGAGAAUGAAAAUAAAGAUACUCCUUGUGAUUGUGCUGAGAAGCAGCAUCACAAAGACCUGGCCCUCACUCUUGAAUCUCAGAUGGUUUUCUCAAGAGAUCCAGAAGCUGAAGACAUAGAAGCUGAAUAUGCUGCUUUGGACAAAAGAGAGCCAUAUGAAGGAUUAAGACCACAGGAUCUUCGAAGACUGAAAGAUAUGCUGAUAGUGGAAUCUGCUGACAUGCUUCAGGCCCCAUUGUUCACUGCUGAGGCUUUACUCAGAGCUCAUGAUUGGGACAGGGAAAAAUUACUUGAAGCAUGGAUGUCUAAUCCAGAGAACUGCUGCCAACGUUCAGGUGUUCAAAUGCCAACCCCACCUCCAAGUGGAUAUAAUGCCUGGGAUACACUUCCUUCUCCUCGAACUCCAAGAACAACUCGCUCUUCUGUCACUUCUCCAGAUGAAAUUAGUUUAUCUCCUGGUGACUUGGAUACGGCUCUGUGUGACAUUUGUAUGUGCAAUAUUUCGGUGUUUGAAGAUCCAGUGGAUAUGCCAUGUGGGCAUGAUUUUUGCCGAGCAUGUUGGGAAGCGUUUUUGAAUCUGAAAAUUCAAGAAGGUGAAGCACAUAACAUUUUCUGUCCAGCCUAUGAUUGUUUCCAGCUGGUACCAGUGGAUGUCAUCGAAAGUGUGGUUUCCAAAGAGAUGGACAAGCGAUACCUACAAUUUGAUAUUAAGGCCUUUGUUGAAAAUAAUCCUGCAAUUAAAUGGUGUCCUACACCAGGCUGUGAGAGGGCUGUCAGACUAACAAAGCAGGGGUCAAAUACAUCUGGUUCUGACUCACUCAGCUUCCCAUUGCUGAGUGCUCCUGCUGUUGAUUGUGGAAAAGGACAUCUCUUCUGCUGGGAGUGCCUUGGUGAAGCACAUGAGCCUUGUGACUGCCAAACAUGGAAAAAUUGGCUGCAAAAGAUAACAGAAAUGAAGCCAGAAGAACUCGUGGGAGUUAGUGAAGCUUAUGAGGAUGCUGCCAAUUGUCUUUGGUUGUUAACGAACUCCAAGCCUUGUGCCAACUGUAAAUCUCCUAUACAGAAGAAUGAGGGUUGCAAUCACAUGCAGUGUGCUAAGUGCAAAUAUGAUUUCUGCUGGAUUUGCCUGGAAGAAUGGAAGAAACAUAGCUCUUCGACUGGAGGCUAUUACAGAUGCACUCGGUAUGAAGUCAUUCAGCAUGUGGAGGAGCAGUCCAAGGAAAUGACAGUGGAGGCUGAGAAGAAACACAGAAGGUUUCAAGAACUUGACAGAUUUAUGCAUUACUAUACGAGAUUUAAAAAUCAUGAGCUCAGCUAUCAGUUAGAACAACGCCUUCGAAAAACAGCCAAAGAAAAGAUGGAACAGUUGAGUAGAGCUCUCAGUGGAACUGAAGGAGGCUGUCCAGAUACAACUUUUAUUGAAGAUGCCGUUCAAGAGCUCCUAAAAACUCGACGCAUUCUUAAGUGUUCUUAUCCUUAUGGAUUUUUUUUGGAACCUAAAAGCACAAAGAAAGAAAUAUUUGAACUCAUGCAGACAGACCUAGAAAUGGUCACUGAAGACCUUGCGCAAAAAGUAAAUAGGCCUUAUCUUCGCACGCCUCGACACAAAAUCAUUCGGGCAGCGUGCCUCGUGCAGCAGAAGAGGCGAGAGUUCUUGGCGUCUGUAGCAAGAGGAGUUGCUCCUGCAGACUCACCAGAAGCACCAAGGCGCAGCUUUGCUGGUGGAACGUGGGAUUGGGAAUAUUUAGGAUUUGCAUCCCCUGAGGAAUAUGCUGAAUUUCAGUAUCGGAGGAGGCAUCGACAGAGGCGACGAGGAGACAUGCACAGUCUGCUCAGUAAUACUCCAGACCCUGAGGAGCCAAGCGAGAGCACUUUAGAUACACCAGAAGGGGGCAGCAGCAGCAGAAGACAUGGCGCCUCCCUGGUGAGCUCAGCCUCCCUCAGCGUGCUGCACAGCUCUUCAGUACACGACUACACCCCCGCCAGCCGCUCGGAGAACCAGGACUCUCUGCAGGCACUGAGCUCCUUGGAUGAAGAUGAUCCAAAUAUACUGCUUGCUAUCCAGUUGUCUUUGCAAGAGUCUGGGCUUUCCAUCGAUGAGGAAACUAGAGACUUCCUGCAUAACGAGGCCUCAUUAGGAGCUAUAGGAACUUCACUCCCCACAAGGCUGGAUGCCAUCCCCAAGAACAUAGAUAACCCUAGGGCUGCUUUAAGCAGUUCAGAGCUUUUGGAACUUGGGGAAAGUGUCAUGAGACUGGGCACAGAAAGUGAUCCCCAUUCUGCUGACGGCCUUAGUCCCCACCCUCUCGAUGACGCAAGAAGUGAAUUCUAUCCAAUCUCCAGCGACCCCGACUCAGCCAACCAGGACUCCAGCCUGAAUGAAAAUCUCCUUGGCAAUAUCAUGGCUUGGUUUCAUGACAUGAACCCCCAGACUAUUGCCCUGAUUCCUUCUGCGAUGCCAGAAACCAGUGAGGAUUCCCAGCUGCCACGGGUGGAGGGCGAUUCAGGACAAGCCUGCAUGAGAGGUGCCGGGCAAGACCUGCCGGCAGAGUGUGGCCUUUUUGAGGAUGCCGUCGUAAGUGAUGUUCGAGGGUCCCGAGCAGAAGAAAAUGAUUCUGAAGAAACGAGAGAAGCAGGACCUACAUCUGGCCCAGGUGCUAGUGAAGCAACCAACAGCAUGGAUCCUGCGGAAGAUGGUUCAAGUCAAACUGGUCAAACCUCAGAAGAAUGGACCGAACAAGUGCAUUUGGCUGAAAUGCAGAAACUCUAAGAAAACUCCACUGAAUUAUGCCGAGUAGUUAACAACUCGCUUAGGGUAGAUCCUGUAUUCUUAUCAACAUGGUAUAUAUUUCUUAUUAAUAAAUCCUAAUAAACAUUUUACCAAAGUAA